AUGGUGUCUGAGUCAGAAGAGAGAGAACAGCCAGACAGUAUAGAUCUUACUGGAGAUGAUGAUAACGAUAUUGAUUCUACACAAGUUUCUGGAAUUAUUUCUACUGUACCCAACUUUACACCAGGUGAUGCUGGAAGCUGCAAUUUCAGCAUUGUAAAUGUUUCAUCUUUGUCCACUCCAGCACAAACAGUGGUUCCCGGCUUUCUGUAUGAACAGAGUGUAGCUGAUAUACAGAUAGAGGGAAGCAGCAGUUUUGUACCAGUUGGUGAGGAUUAUGACAACAGAGAAACAAUAGAAGAGGAACCAGGCGACCCUAAUGCAUCAUGGGAACAUUCUGAUGGUAGUCAGGCAACAGAUGCUAGUUACUAUGGCAACGUAAAGGAUAAUAAUGAAGGACAUGAUGUAGACGAUCCAACAGCGUUUAUGAGACCAUCUAUCCCUAUAAAUCCAUUGAAACAUGUUCAGUUCAACAAGGAGUUUUAUGGUAAAAAAGAAAAACCUCAGCAAUAUCAACCAGUGCAGCUGAUUCCAUACCCACCAACAUCAAGCAGGGAGCCAGUAAUAUUUCUUCAACCAAUCACAGACCAGGAUCAGCCAAUAACCACACCCACAGAUGUCAAGUUGACACCCACUCACGAUUUAGCCAGUCAAGCGUCAUUUACAACAAUGCUAACGUCUUUUGACUUCGGCACUACACAGAAUGUAAUGACAAGUGACACUGUCCAAGAUACGCCCGCAGCACAAAACAACCAAUCAAAAUGCAGUACUUUUCCACAGAACAUGCCUAAGCCAUCUUCUUCAACUUUUGGAACCCCGCCCACAUUUGGACCAACACCAAUACCGCUAAGCGGGAAUGAAAGAAUAGUUAUUCCGUCAUGCGCAGAUGAACAGUAUUUGCCUUUUACUAAAGAAAACUAUGGGAAAGAAAAGGAUAAGUGGGUUUUGAAGAGGCACAUCUGUCAAUAUUGUGGAAAAAGAUGUAUGAAACCCUCUGAUUUGACAAGACACAUUAAAAUACAUACAGGCGAAUAUCCGUUUGAGUGUCCUUCUUGUAAAAAGAGAUUCAGAGAAAAGUUUAAUUUGAAUGCGCAUUUCAAAAAGGGCAGUUGUACUCCUUAA